UGCAGCGGGGGUCGGGAUGUCGAAGACGCUGAAGAAGAAGAAGCACUGGCUCAGCAAGGUGCAGGAGUGCGCGGUGUCCUGGGCCGGGCCCCCGGGCGACUUGGGCGCCGAGAUCCGGGGCGGCGCGGAGCGCGGCGAGUUCCCGUACCUGGGGCGGCUCCGCGACGAGCCCGGCGGGGGCACCUGCUGCGUGGUGUCGGGCAAGGCGCCCAGCCCGGGCGAUGUGCUGCUGGAGGUGAACGGGACGCCCGUCAGCGGGCUCACCAACCGGGACACCCUGGCUGUCAUCCGCCACUUCCGCGAGCCCAUCCGUCUGAAGACCGUGAAGCCAGGCAAAGUCAUUAAUAAAGAUUUACGACAUUACCUGAGUCUUCAGUUUCAAAAAGGAUCAGUUGAUCACAAACUGCAGCAAGUAAUCAGAGACAAUCUCUAUUUGAGGACCAUCCCAUGUACUACCAGAGCCCCCAGGGAUGGGGAAGUUCCAGGAGUGGAUUAUAAUUUCAUUUCGGUUGAACAAUUCAAAUCACUGGAAGAGAGUGGAGCAUUAUUAGAAAGUGGAACGUAUGAUGGAAACUUCUAUGGCACUCCUAAGCCUCCAGCAGAACCCAGCCCUUUUCAGCCGGAUCCAGUUGAUCAGGUCCUCUUUGAUAAUGAGUUUGACACAGAAUCCCAAAGAAAACGAACUACAUCUGUUAGCAAGAUGGAAAGAAUGGACAGCUCUCUUCCUGAAGAGGAAGAUGAUGAGGACAAAGAAGCUAUUAAUGGCAGUGGGAGCACAGAAAACAGAGAGAGGCAUUCUGAAUCAUCUGAUUGGAUGAAGACUGUUCCAAGUUAUAACCAGACAAAUAGCUCCAUGGACUUCAGAAAUUAUAUGAUGAGAGAUGAGAAUCUGGAACCACUGCCAAAAAACUGGGAAAUGGCCUACACUGACACAGGAAUGAUCUACUUCAUUGACCACAAUACCAAGACAACCACCUGGUUGGAUCCUCGUCUCUGUAAGAAAGCCAAAGCCCCUGAAGACUGUGAAGAUGGAGAGCUUCCAUAUGGCUGGGAGAAAAUAGAGGAUCCUCAGUAUGGGACAUACUAUGUUGAUCACCUUAACCAAAAAACCCAGUUUGAAAAUCCAGUGGAAGAAGCAAAAAGGAAAAAGCAGUUAGGACAGGCUGAAAUUUGUUCUUCAAAACCAGAUGUAGAAAAAUCACACUUUACGCGAGAUCCAUCCCAACUUAAAGGUGUCCUUGUUCGAGCGUCCCUGAAGAAAAGCACAAUGGGAUUUGGUUUUACCAUUAUCGGUGGAGACCGGCCUGAUGAAUUCCUACAAGUGAAAAAUGUGCUGAAAGAUGGUCCUGCAGCUCAGGAUGGGAAAAUUGCACCAGGUGAUGUUAUUGUAGACAUCAAUGGCAACUGUGUCCUUGGUCACACCCAUGCAGAUGUUGUCCAGAUGUUUCAGUUGGUACCUGUCAAUCAGUAUGUAAACCUCACUUUAUGUCGUGGUUAUCCACUUCCUGAUGAUAGUGAAGAUCCUGUUGUGGACAUUGUUGCUGCUACCCCUGUCAUCAAUGGACAGUCAUUAACAAAGGGAGAUGCGUGCAUGAAUACUCAGGAUUUUAAGCCAGGAGCAAUGGUUCUGGACCAGAAUGGAAAAUCGGGACACAUCUUGGCCAGUGAUCGUCUCAAUGGUCCAUCAGAUCCAAAUGAGCAGAGAGCAUCCAUGGCAUCAUCAGGCAGCUCCCAGCCUGAACUAGUGACUAUCCCUUUGAUUAAGGGCCCCAAAGGCUUUGGAUUUGCAAUUGCUGACAGCCCUACUGGACAGAAGGUGAAAAUGAUAUUAGAUAGCCAGUGGUGUCAAGGCCUUCAGAAAGGGGAUAUCAUCAAGGAAAUUUACCAUCAAAAUGUACAAAAUUUAACACAUCUCCAGGUGGUAGAAGUGCUAAAGCAGUUCCCAGUAGGUGCAGAUGUACCGCUGCUUAUCUUGAGAGGAGGUCCUCCUUCACCAACUAAAACUGCUAAAAUGAGAACAGAUAAAAAGGAAAAUUCAGGAAGUUUGGAGACCAUAAAUGAACCUAUUCCCCAGCCUAUGCCUUUUCCACCCAGCAUAAUCAGGUCAGGAUCCCCAAAACUGGAUCCUUCGGAAGUAUACCUGAAAUCUAAGACUUUAUAUGAAGAUAAACCACCAAACACCAAAGAUUUGGAUGUUUUUCUUCGGAAACAGGAAUCAGGGUUUGGCUUCAGGGUGCUGGGAGGAGAUGGACCUGACCAGUCUAUAUAUAUUGGAGCCAUUAUUCCUUUGGGAGCAGCUGAGAAGGAUGGUCGGCUCCGUGCUGCUGAUGAGCUGAUGUGCAUUGAUGGAAUUCCUGUAAAAGGAAAAUCACACAAGCAAGUCUUGGACCUAAUGACUACUGCUGCCCGAAAUGGCCAUGUGUUAUUAACCGUCAGGAGAAAGAUCUUCUAUGGAGAGAAACAACCUGAGGAUGACGGCUCGCAAGCGUUCAUGUCAGCACAGAGUGGAUCUCCCCGCCUGAGCCGAGCAGAGCUCCCAGCCAGGCCUGCUCCCCAGGAGGCUUAUGAUGUUGUCCUACAGCGAAAAGAAAAUGAAGGAUUUGGUUUUGUUAUCCUCACCUCUAAAACCAAGCCACCUCCAGGAGUUAUUCCACAUAAAAUUGGCCGAGUCAUAGAAGGAAGUCCAGCUGAUCGCUGUGGAAAGCUGAAAGUCGGAGAUCACAUCUCUGCAGUAAAUGGGCAGUCCAUUGUUGAACUGUCCCAUGAUAAUAUUGUUCAGCUGAUCAAAGACGCUGGAGUCACUGUCACGCUGACGGUCCUCGCUGAGGAAGAGCAUCAUGGUCCACCAUCAGGAACAAACUCAGCCAGGCAAAGCCCAGCACUGCAACACAGGCCCAUGGGACAGUCACAGGCCAACCACAUACUUGGGGACAGAACUGCUCUAGAAAGUGAAAUUGGGAAAGAUGCCUCCACUUCUUACAGACACUCCUGGUCUGACCAUAAACACCUCGCACAGCCUGACAGUGCAGUGAUUUCUGUAGUGGGUGGACGUCCCAAUCAGUGCCUAGGUUGUUACCCAGUAGAGCUGGAGAGAGGCCCCCGGGGCUUUGGGUUCAGCCUCCGAGGGGGGAAGGAGUACAACAUGGGGCUGUUCAUCCUUCGCCUUGCUGAGGACGGUCCAGCUAUUAAAGAUGGCAGAAUUCACGUUGGUGACCAGAUUGUUGAAAUCAAUGGGGAACCUACACAAGGCAUCACACAUACUCGAGCAAUUGAGCUCAUUCAGGCUGGCGGAAAUAAAGUUCUUCUUCUUUUGAGGCCAGGAAGUGGUCUGAUACCUGACCAUGGUGGUUGGGAUAUUAAUAGUCCUCCAUCUUCCAGUGUCAUUUAUGAUGAACAGCCACUUCUCCCAUCUUCACAUUCUGCUUCCAUGUUUGAAGAGUCUCAUGUGCCAGCUACUGAAGACUCUCUGAUGAGAGUUCAGAAAUGUGAAAAGGCAGAAGAGCUAAAGGACAUUGUACCUGAAAAGAAAAGCACUUUAAAUGGAAAUCAGCCUGAGGCAAAGCAUCUGCAUCUUCUCCAGCAAGAUGUGAAUAAGAGAGUGCCACCCAGGACUCAUGGGCACAAUGACAAGACAAAGGUAGAAAAUGGUGUUGCACGAAGAGGCAGAUCUGCUAGUCCCAAAAAGUCGGCUAAUCAAUACUCGGAGGAACAUUUGGAAAAGAUUCUCAGCCCUUUAAAAAGUGACCCCAAAGAAAAACCCAGAGACCGAUCACUGAGCCCUAGGAAAGGGGGUAACAAAAGUCAGAUCAACACCAGGGAAGGUUCCGGCCAAGGUGACCACAGAAAGAGCAGAGGACAGUCUUCUAGCCCACAGAAGCAGCAAAAGCAUGAAGGAGGCAAAGGCCUAUCCAAAACUGAAAGCAAAUUACCAGAGGGUGAGAGCCAAAGAGUUGUGGGCCAUGCUGGUGACGAUGCUGAACAACCUGCAGAUGGGAAGGGAAAAUCAGAGGUUGGCAGGAAAGAGCUGAAACAGAACCAGUUGGGAAAAAACAGAACAAGGUCUCCAGAGAAAAAAAGCAAGAGAAUGGAUGAAAAGUCUCUUCCAUCCAAAAAGACUAAGAGUGUGGCUGGUAGGAUAGUAUCUGAAAAUGAAAAUGGCAAGGAGGCAGCCACUGGAGAAGCAAGUGCCGGUAAAGAUAAGGCAGGAGAAAGUGUCCAUGUAUCAGAAGAGAAGACGCAGCAGGAAGCUGAAGAGAGGGUGGUGGUCAGGAGAGCGGACAACCACAAAGGGAAAGAAGCAGAGGCAGCUGACAGAUGCGGAGAGGGGGUGAGGGUCAGGCCAGAGAGCAGUGCUCCAGCUAAGAAAACGCCAAUAACUCCAGGGCCCUGGAAGGUGCCCAGUGCAAGCAAAGUUACGGGCACUACUGGCAUAGCUGAGAAACGGCUAUGACUGGUAGUAUAAAACACAGAAAAACAAUUUCUUACUAAAAAGCAGAUUUUUUUUCAAAAGGAAAAGGCUUUUAAAAACCACCUAAGUAGGUUUGAAUUUGAGCAUCAAGGAAGCUAGGCUGCAUGAGGGUCUCAGAUUGCUAAGACCCGCCUGUCUGCCCCUGGCCAGGCGCCCUCCCUCACACUCAGGAGGGGCUGCAUCCAUGUCCAUGCACUCAUCUGGCAUGCCCUGCUUGGGCUGCCCAGCUCGGCAGCGUGUCUGAACAAAUGACAUGUUGAUAUUAACAGUGUGGUCACAACUCACUUUGUAUUUGUGCCAAGUUAUCUAUUGUAUCAUGUCUGUUUUAUCCUUCCCAUUCAAAUAAUCCCAGUCAUGAAUCAGGAAGUUGAUGUUUUCAAUAGCAUGUUGCAUGUUUACAGAGCGAAGUAUUUGAGUAGUUGCAGAGGAGAGACUGUUAGCACAUCAUUAGAGAUGGCACUUGCUUCUCACAGCUACUUGAAGGUGUCCCAGUUUAAAAAUACAGCUCCAAAACAUCACUACUUUAAAGGACAGGUCAAAUAGUGAUGCUUUUUUAUGGCUUAAUUUGGCUAAGUGAGAUGUUACAAAUAAGUUAAAAGGAUAUUCCUUAUGACUUAAUGUUCAGAAUGAGAAGAUACUAAGCAACAGUGUUCACCUCCUGCUGAUACCCAGCUCUGAUGUAGUUAGAGCAUUUCAGGUCACCUUUUCUCGUGAUGAAAGCACCAUGUGGAAGGUACUGCUUGUUGCUCUUUAAAGAAAAACUAUUUCUGGAGAUUUUGGUUAUAUCUACUACUAAAGUCAUAUUUGAAGAGUCACAAAUACUAUGUAAGUUCUGUGAGGUACUUAACCAUGAAACCAGCGCCAAUUCCAACGUACAGAUAAGUUCAUCCGGUGGGCUAUAUGCGAGUUCGGGUGUUCAGAAGCAGAACCUGUGGGGGGCCAGCCCGGCGAGUCAGGAAAAGUGUGGUAGUUAGACUGUGUGUGUGUGCUAGAUCUUGUUUUUAACUUUUAGCUAAAUUACUUAAAAACAAGAAAGACACUUAACAUUGGAGACAGUUUUUAACCUCAUAAAAUAGAUCCAGGUUUCCAGUGGCCUGAAGCAGCAGCAUUCAGUAGCAUCUAUAAAUACAGGUACAUUCUCAGAACAAAACUCUGGAGUAAUUUAACACUCAUUCUGUUACCCUGGGGUCAUCUUAUUGUGAAAUACAUUGUGUCCAGGUCUUUUCCUCUGCAAGUCUGACUGUGAAACUCUACUCUAACACCUGUAUUGGCCCCUGUAGAUAAGACAUGCUUCCAGCGUGAGACUGCUGAAAUCCUCUUACAUCCAGAACGAUAUUUAACCAUCUACUAUAACUACCUGAAUAGAUAAAAAUUAGGAGGCUUGAUAAAUGCUAAGAAUUUAGUCCCACAGAAAUGAUUUAUUUUCCCUCUAGUCCAUAAUUAGUAACACAAAUCCUAUUUUUAUUGUUAACUGUGACAUAACUUUUAAUGUCAUAUGUUGUCAGUCUGAUGUGGCUCUUCCUUUCUAAGUAACCUGUCACUGUACUGAUCAUAUACUGACUUAGCAAUGUGGCCUUGGAAUGCUGAGCAAAUAUGGAUGUGCUGGUUGUAAAUGUUUAUAUAUGUACAGUACCUUUAUAUAUACACUUGAGGAUCUGAUCAGAGAAAGAUCUGUAAAUUGCUCGUUAUUUUUUAUAUAGAUAUUAAAAUUUCAUGACCUGUA